AUGUCGACUGAGGCUCAAGAUUCGACACCAGAAAGCUCGCCAUCCUUGGGAAUUGGCAGCGAUGAAGUUGGUGAUUUUGAAUGCAAUAUAUGCUUUGAUUUAGCAAUGGACCCUAUAAUCACCCUCUGUGGUCAUCUCUAUUGUUGGCCCUGUCUCUGUAAAUGGCUACGGCUUCAGUCUCGAUCCUCUCCAGGAUGCCCGGUUUGUAAGGCCGUAAUUCAAGAGGAAAAGUUGAUUCCUCUGUACGGAAGAGGGAAGAUUCCAACGGACCCCAGAUCAAAACCCCUUCCUGGCAUCGAAAUCCCUAAUCGACCAGAAACUGCUCCCUUCCCAGAAGGGAAUAACCACUCUAAUUUUGUAUCUGGAUUUAUACCAACAUUUGGUAACUUUGGAAUGUCUGCUGGCUUUGGCAGAUCGAAUUUCAGCUUCCAGGUUCAUGGAUUUUCGAAUGCUGGUGGAUAUGGUGCACUCGGAGGAUAUUCUCAUCCAUUUCGUGGUGCUGAAGGCAACCUCGAUGGUCAGCAGGCAGUUGGAGUUCUGAAGAGGAUUCAUUUUGUUGUUUUUGUUCUUGCACUCUUUGCUUUAUUUCUAUUGUAG